AUGAAUAGAAAUGAAAAGCAAAUCGAACAUUACCGUUACAAUUAUAAGAAAGGAAAAAUUGGAAUAGGCUCAUAUGCUACUGUUUACAAAGGAGUUGAUACUCGAUCAAAGUAAAAUGUUGCCAUUAAAUAAAUUCUUAAGGCAGAUCUUUAAAGUGCAGGUUCUAUCUUAUAUUUAUUGACUUAGAUGACGAAGAACAUUUAUUGAAUGAGAUUAACAUGCUCAAGAGAAUUAAAAAUCCAAAUAUAAUAGAAAUCCUUGAUGUUCUUUAAACCAAAGAUCAUUAUUAUAUUAUAUUAGAAUAUUGCAAUCUCGGAGAUUUAGAUUCUCUACUUAGAUAAAAGAACAUUAUCAAAUUAGACGAUCAUAUGAUUUUUCUUUAAGACAUCUUAAAUGCCUUUACGACAUUAAUCAGAUAAGGAAUAGCACAUAGAGACCUUAAACCAGCAAAUGUAUUGGUUCAUUAGGAAGGAAAAAGAAAGAUCUUUAAAUUAGCUGAUUUCGGUUAUGCAAAGACUAUAUUCAAUUACAAAGCGUAAAUAUUAAAGAGUAAUUUGGGCACACCUGCGUACAUGAGUCCUUAAUUACUUAAAGAAGAAUAAUACACAACAAAAAGCGAUAUUUGGAGUUUUGGGAUAAUUUUAUAUUAAAUUAUAUUCAAUACUCGUAUACUUUUAAAUUAUUUUAGUCCCUUGGAUAGGAAAAUCAGAAGAUGAGUUGGUUUAAAAGAUAUUAAGUGUUCCAAUAACGUUUCCAUAAUAUCCAAAAAUCUCGACAGUUUGCCAAGAUUUAAUUAUUAAUUGUUUAUAAGCGAAUGAAGAUAAGAGAAUAAAUUGGGAUGAUUUAUUUAGACAUCCUUAUGUAUGUAGUUAUUUCGGAAAAGUUGAUAUCUAAUAAAAUAGUGGUUUAAAAAAGGUGUUUAUAUUGUCUCAGAGUAUAAGAGACAAAAUUGGAUCAGAAGAUUAGAUGGAUGAAUUGUUAAAGAAUUUAAAUAUCUAAGAAUAGUUAUGUUAAUUGAAUGCUGAAGAGUUCCAAAACCUUAUAAAAUAAAUUAAUUAAAGUGAAAGUCUCAGUGCUGAUGAUAUUUAGUGUUUAUUUUAAGAGUUUUAGAUUGAUGGAAAAGUUAAUUAUAAGGAAUUCAAGACUUGUGUCUUUUACAAUCAUCCUAAAAGAGUGAAGAUUGUCAGACACUUGUCAAAUUCAAAUAUUAAAAUUUUGUCCAAAUUAGCCAUAGCAUUGAAAUAGUAUAAUAUGAGAGAUCUCUUCGAAUAAUUUGCUACUACUAAAAAGGAUACUUUAGAGAGACAUCAAUUUUCAAAAAUGAUUAAGAUGUUUGCAAAUACAAAUUCAUUGACCAAUCAAAAUGUAAUAAUUGACUAUUAUAUAUAUUUAGAUUAAAGAAAUAAUUGAUUUUUUUGAUGAUAAUGGAGAUGGAAUGAUUCAAUUUUCAGAAUUCAAUAAUGUCAUGAGAUAUGUGCAAUAAAUUGAGAGAAAUAGUGAUAAUAGAUUGGAUACUAUAACAGAGUUAGAUGAGAUAUCAUUUAUUCAGGACAUUGAAAAUAUUGGAAAUAUCAAUCAAAAUUUUGCAAGAAGAUCAGAUUAAAAGAUCAAUAUAUGCGAAUGUUUUAUUUUUUGAUUUUAAUCUCAUUAAUAUAAAAUAGGUUGAAUUUUAUUGAAUCAAUCAAACUNUAAGACAUCUUAAAUGCCUUUACGACAUUAAUCAGAUAAGGAAUAGCACAUAGAGACCUUAAACCAGCAAAUGUAUUGGUUCAUUAGGAAGGAAAAAGAAAGAUCUUUAAAUUAGCUGAUUUCGGUUAUGCAAAGACUAUAUUCAAUUACAAAGCGUAAAUAUUAAAGAGUAAUUUGGGCACACCUGCGUACAUGAGUCCUUAAUUACUUAAAGAAGAAUAAUACACAACAAAAAGCGAUAUUUGGAGUUUUGGGAUAAUUUUAUAUUAAAUUAUAUUCAAUACUCGUAUACUUUUAAAUUAUUUUAGUCCCUUGGAUAGGAAAAUCAGAAGAUGAGUUGGUUUAAAAGAUAUUAAGUGUUCCAAUAACGUUUCCAUAAUAUCCAAAAAUCUCGACAGUUUGCCAAGAUUUAAUUAUUAAUUGUUUAUAAGCGAAUGAAGAUAAGAGAAUAAAUUGGGAUGAUUUAUUUAGACAUCCUUAUGUAUGUAGUUAUUUCGGAAAAGUUGAUAUCUAAUAAAAUAGUGGUUUAAAAAAGGUGUUUAUAUUGUCUCAGAGUAUAAGAGACAAAAUUGGAUCAGAAGAUUAGAUGGAUGAAUUGUUAAAGAAUUUAAAUAUCUAAGAAUAGUUAUGUUAAUUGAAUGCUGAAGAGUUCCAAAACCUUAUAAAAUAAAUUAAUUAAAGUGAAAGUCUCAGUGCUGAUGAUAUUUAGUGUUUAUUUUAAGAGUUUUAGAUUGAUGGAAAAGUUAAUUAUAAGGAAUUCAAGACUUGUGUCUUUUACAAUCAUCCUAAAAGAGUGAAGAUUGUCAGACACUUGUCAAAUUCAAAUAUUAAAAUUUUGUCCAAAUUAGCCAUAGCAUUGAAAUAGUAUAAUAUGAGAGAUCUCUUCGAAUAAUUUGCUACUACUAAAAAGGAUACUUUAGAGAGACAUCAAUUUUCAAAAAUGAUUAAGAUGUUUGCAAAUACAAAUUCAUUGACCAAUCAAAAUGUAAUAAUUGACUAUUAUAUAUAUUUAGAUUAAAGAAAUAAUUGAUUUUUUUGAUGAUAAUGGAGAUGGAAUGAUUCAAUUUUCAGAAUUCAAUAAUGUCAUGAGAUAUGUGCAAUAAAUUGAGAGAAAUAGUGAUAAUAGAUUGGAUACUAUAACAGAGUUAGAUGAGAUAUCAUUUAUUCAGGACAUUGAAAAUAUUGGAAAUAUCAAUCAAAAUUUUGCAAGAAGAUCAGAUUAAAAGAUCAAUAUAUGCGAAUGUUUUAUUUUUUGA